CUGCAAACUCACGAGAUCUCGGCUCCACAGAUAUCGAUCGUAGACGGCUUGGCGUAUAUCCAGAUGCAUCCUUUUUAUUACACAGCAGUGCAGCCAAAGUAUAUGCCCCACACAUACAAAAUCACCCAGGCAGCGAUGGGCCGACUCAAUACGUUGCUGCAUGAGAUCUUACAUGCAUUCAUUGGAACUUACGCUUGUCAAAGGUGUCCAACCUACGAAAAGCACGUUGGCGAUCUGGCUGGCAAUGGGCAUGUAUGGCAGCGGAUAGCGUGCUGGGUUGAGAAUGCUGCACCCCAUACGAUUGGUCUGCCUCUGAAGCUAGGCAGAUUUGAGGCUAUUCAAGCAAACUCAAAUUUUCUCGUCUGACACCUUCUGCUCCGGUACGAUCUUGACUGAGCUCUCCUUAGGUGCCUUCUUCAACUCGC